AUAAGACUUGUCCCAGCUGGCAUCCACCUCCCAUCACCAUAUAACAUCUGUGCAGACUAGACCAUGGCGAGCUACACUGUGCCUCACAGGGCCGUACUCAAAGAGGAGCUCCAGCCUGGCUCCGUGAUCCGAGUUAGGGGGACUGUGCCAGCCAAAGCAAGUCGCUUCCACGUGAACCUUCUGUGCUCAGAGGGUUCUGAGGCAGAAACAGCUCUCCACUGCAACCCACGCCUGGACUCGAGGGAGAUGGUGUUCAACACCUUCCAGAAAGGAGCCUGGGGUAAGGAGGAGCGAAGCUCCAUCGUUCCCUUCCAGGCCGGCCAGCCUUUCGACCUGCUCAUCAUCGUUACAGACAACUCCUACAAGGCCGUGUCGGGAGACACCGUGUUCCACCGCUUUGUGCACCGUAUGCCUCUGCAGCUGGUCCGGGUCCUGGAGGUUGGGGGCGAUGUGCAGCUAGAGAGCGUGUCCAUCCUUUGAACAUGGGGAUGUUGGGGCCCAUGGGGCAGGGCCAGGGGCUGGACAGGGACUGGGGUUUUUACUUGUCAUGUGGGGGCCAGGUUGGGAGGGGGAGGUCUCGCAACCUAAUAAAGUCUUUGCC